AUGAGCGGCGCCAACACGGCUUUCAACCCGCUCCUCCAGCCCGUCAGCUUCCUGUCGGCGUCGCAGAGGCCGGUGACGGUGCCGAUCCCCAGCAUCGACGCCUUCAACGACGAGACCGUCAGCGUGGCCAUCAACUACGCCUUCCAGCUGGGCGCCUGCGCGACGCUCCUCGUCGUCGUGCUGCUCAUGACGCCGCCGUCCAAGCUGCGCCGCGCCUCGUCCGCCCUCCACGUCGCCGGCCUCGUGGCCUGCAUCGUCCGCACGGGCUUCCUCGUCGCCUUCUUCCUCUCGCCCCUGAACCACUUCUACCAGUUCUGGGCGGGCGACUACUCCUCCGUCCCGCGGCGCUUCCUGUACAACAGCGUCGCCGGCACCGUCUUCUCCCUGCUGCUCUUCGUGCUCCUCCAGGCCGCCCUCAUGCACCAGGCCUGGACCAUGGUCUCCCUGUGGCCCGCGGCCGUCAGGUCCUGCCUCGCCGUCGCCUCGGCCGCCGUCUCCCUCACCGCGGUCGGGUGGCGCCUCGCCUUCGCCGUCGUCCAGACCAGGUCCGCCCUCGACCUCGUGCCCGCCCGCGACCGCGCCUGGGUCGUGCACGCGGCCCUCAUCCUCAACGCCCUCUCCAUAUGCUGGUACUGCGCCCUCUUCAACGUCAAGCUCGUCCUACACCUCGCCGCCAACAGGGGCAUUCUCAGGUCGUCCCCGCGCUCCCUGAGCCCCAUGGAGGUCCUGGUGGUGACAAACGGCGUCCUCAUGGUGAUCCCGGUCGUCUUCGCGGCCCUCGAGUGGGGCCGUUUUCAAAACUUCGAGGCCGCCUCGCUCACACAGACCUCGGUCGCCGUCGUGCUCCCCCUGGGGACGCUUGCCGCCCAGCAAAUCACCGCCGGCGGCAGCUUGGCCUACCUUUCCGGCGGGAGCAACAAGUCGGGCAGCCGGUCCAACGGGGGGGAAAAGCCGAAUCCUCCCUCGGCGGCGGCGGCGGGAUUCAAGGCCGUCAGCACCACCUGUGGCUCUGGCGGCCUUGGCCAGUCGCCGUCGUUGUUUUCGGCCUGUACCGGCCGUGGAGCGCGGCCUCCCGGGAUGGACCACUUCGACCUCGAGUUGAGAAAGAUCGACUCUGAUAGCGCCUUGGCCAAUGAGGGGGUGCGCAUCGACACCGACUUGGAGCAGAAUGAAACAAGAAUCUAG